AUGACAAAUAAAACAACGAUUAUUGAAGAUAAGAAUUAUAAAGGACUUUACUAUCAUCCAACACGUGAUAAAACCGAUUACUUGUUAUCAUUCCUCGCUGAUAAUGACAAAAUCUAUAAAUUUUUUGACGUAACAGUAAUAGGAAGUAUUCCUUUUAAGUCAGAAGUUGCAGAUAACAAUACACCCAAAAUUACCCCACAACAUUUUAUUGAAAAUAAAAAGUUUACACAAAUUCUUCAUCAAGUUAUCGCCGAGAAUGUUUACUCUGAUGUACAGUUACAAGGUUUAGCGAAAUAUCAUCAGAAUGGAUGGCUUCAUGUAGCAGAUGCAAGAGAUCCAGCACCUUGGGGACGAAUACCAUAUCCUGAAGACAUUUUUGGUAUGAUUCAAGUAAUAGAUGGGCAAAUCGUUCGCGGAACAUAUCAGCCCAUGCCAACCCAUCGUAUGGUCACUGCAAAAGGGCUCUUCAUGUUAAAUGAUCCCUUACAAGAAAAAUUAUUAGAAAAGGUCGGUCAUGAUCUAAUUGAUUUAAUAAUUGGUGUAGUUCAAAUUAAGCCAUAUGUCAUGUUGAGUUUAAUUAUGGCAUUGAAUGGCGCCUUGGCCGUUUUAUGGCUGUUGCGCAAAAACAUACAAACAAAUAAAAGGGUUAAAUUAGAUUUAUAA